AGGGGUCGUAGGGACAGGGCAAGGGGUCGUAGGGACAGGGCAAGGAACCGGCAGGGGAAUCCCAAGCCAGGACAGGGCAUCUUCCCACCCUCGGCCGUGCCAGGAGGCUGGUCCAGUGCAGAGCAAGGAGCCGCCGGAGGAGUCCCAAGCCACGGUAGAGCGCCUGCACACACCCCGGCCGUACAAGGAGCUACGGGGGAGGGAUCCCAGAUCAGGACAGGGCACCUCCUCGCCCUCAGCUGUGCAAGGAUCCCACGACAGGACAAGGAGCCUCCAGGGGAAUCCCGAGCCAAGGUAUCUCCUCACUCUCGGCUGUGCGAUCAGUCCUGGGGAAAUCUCACGACAAGGUGCUUUCAUACCCUGUGCAAGGAGAUACGGGGGAAGGAAUCCCAGAACAGGGUAAGACGCCUCCUCGCCCCAGACCAGGGAAACCAGCGCCGGGGGGUGGUUUCAAGACAGGACCGAACCCCUCCCACGAGGAAGAGGGAUGGAGGACGGCGCCACGCCGCCGCAGCAGUUCUUGCAAGUGUCAGAAAAUGAAAGGUUCAGAAAAUUGAAAGAUGCCUUUAUAUCUAAAUAUGGCAUGCCACCUGCAUUUUAUGCACGGGCUCCUGGUCGAGUUAAUUUAAUUGGGGAACACAUUGAUUACAGUGGCUACGCUGUACUUCCAAUGGCUUUAGAACAAGAUAUCUUGGCAGCUGUCACACCAACGCAAACCAGUAUCAUCCAGCUGGCAAACACUAAUCCUGUAUACCUGGAUUAUAGUGUUCAUAUAAACAAGAUCCACAUUGACACAACUAAACCUCUUUGGCAAUACUACUUUCUUUGCGGAUUUAAAGGAAUUCAGGAGCAUUUUAACCCUAUUUCCAGUGGAAUAAACUGUAUGGUUGAUGGCACGAUCCCAGCGAGCUCAGGACUUUCUAGCUCUAGCGCACUGGUUUGCUGCGCAGGUCUCAUCACCGUGAUAGCGAAUGGAAAGGUCCUAUCAAAGAUAGAACUUGCAGAAAUCUGUGCAAGAUGUGAGCGCUACAUUGGGACUGAAGGUGGUGGUAUGGACCAAUCCAUUUCAUUCUUGGCAGAAAAGGGAAUGGCCAAGUUGAUUGAAUUCAACCCACUCCGUGCCACCAAUGUAAAGGUUCCAAACGGAGCAGUUUUCGUGAUUGCGAACAGUUGCAAAGAAAUGAAUAAAGCUGCAACAACUCACUUCAAUAUCAGAGUAGUGGAGUGUCGAAUUGCUGCAAAGGUCCUAGCAAAAGCUAAAGGGCUUGAGUGGCAGAAACUUUUAAAACUGGGAGACUUGCAGCAUGGACUUGGAGUGGAUCUGGAAACAAUGCUUUUAACUGUGGAACAAGUGCUGCACCCAGAACCUUACAGCAGGGAGGAGGUUUGUCAGUGCCUUGGUAUAAGCCAGAAGGAACUAUGCAACAUUCUCACUCAGAACACACAGGAUGUGCCAUCAUUUAAACUUUAUCAGCGUGCGAAGCAUGUUUACAGCGAAGCCCGACGUGUUGUCGAAUACAAGAGAGUUUGUGAUGAGACACCUGCCAAUGCAUUGCAACUGCUGGGGGACCUGAUGAAUCAGAGUCAUCUCAGCUGCCGGGAUAUGUAUGAAUGCAGCUGUCCAGAACUUGAUCAACUGGUGGAUGUCUGCCUACGGUCUGGUGCUGUGGGCUCGCGGCUGACUGGUGCUGGCUGGGGUGGCUGCACAGUGUCAAUGGUGCCCACUAACAAGCUGGACAGCUUUCUGGCAAAGGUGCAAGAAAUCUAUUACAAAGCUGAUGGUCAAAGAGCAGCUAAGCAGACACAACAUCUAUUUGCCACCCAGCCUGGCGGAGGAGCUGCAGUGUAUCAUGACGUUUAAGUAAAGUGCCAGAACAAGGAAAUUAGAUUCUCCCCCUUUUGUUUGUAUUAUUAGGAUGCAUUUAUUCAAAAUCAUAUCCCUGGAAGAAAAUAAGGCUGUUCGCAAUAUAACAUUUCUGCAAUUACCUUUUAAUUUUUUUCUUGGUACCAUUCCUCAAAAUGCUGUUUUUGUAGCAAGAUAAGUUGUAAUAUUUAGUGGUUUACUAGAGGCUUUAACAAAUUGUACCUAAUUGUAAUUGAUGCAAGGAUUCCGAUCUGUACAGAUUAUUCUCGUUUCUUUCUCUCUUCCGGCUUGGGCAAACUCUCGUUCCUUUGCCCGCUAUUAGCUUCAGCUGUGGUCUAAUGACAAACAAUGACAACAAUUAUGAGAGGAAAGAAAUGUUGUUCUUAAACAUAUGCAAACUGUUCCUCCUUUUAUAUUCCUGAUAAAAUUAAGACUAGAAUAUUUUAUAGAAAAAUUUCUACCAAUUUAAUAUAAACUGGAUAUGAAAAUAGGGAUCUAAAUCUACAACUCAUCUCAUGGACCUCCAACAAUAGAACACAACAUGAAAUUAAAGUGAUGAGUGGAGAGUCCAGGAUUGGGGAUGGGGGGGGAAGAAGGGGAGUCAGUCUAGCCCACAACAGAAGGGGGAGGAGUUGUACAG